AUGGCGACGCUAGCAGACUUGACAUUCUUUGGACCCUUGACAGCAAAGACAUUGCAAAGCGCGGCUUAUGCGGUCAGGACGGCCCGUGCGGUCAACUAUGGGGCGAUGUCGCUCAUGCUCUGGGAUAUGCUUUUAACGCUGCCUCGAGAGGUGGAGCUGAUUUGGAACUCGCAACUGACAGCCCUCAAAGUCAUUUUCCUCUUCAAUCGCUAUGCGACUCCAGCCGUCAUCUCGGUUAACAUCUGGGCGAUGAGCGGGCACGCACGGGGGUUGACUGAAUCGGCAGUUGUGAUUGUCGGGGAUGGAACUCGGCCGCGUUCGGAAUCCAGCUCUUCUGCUCGGCCAUGGUCUCGUGCCUUGUUUCAUUCCGGUAGUCUUUGGGCUUGGUACGAUAUGUCGACGCGCAAUCUAUACAUACUCCUCUCAAUAUGGGUCGCUUCUGUCAUUGCUUCCUUGGCGUUUGUCGUUGACUCGAUGUGGGUUCAUGGGCGAGAUAUUAUCCACAUUCCUAUGUUCAAUGUCUGUAUGACGAAGCAACCUGUUAUAUGGACUCAAUGGCUUCCGGGUGUGAUCGAGCAUGGGUUAUACUUUUCCUUGCUGUUCUACCAUGCAAUGGCUACACCACGCUCCGCGCAUCGUCCCGCAUUAGCAAUCUUGUAUCGAGAUGGGAUUCUAUUCUAUUUUGUCACCUUUGGAGUCAUGUUCACGGCCUUGAUCAUAUGGAAAUACGCCCCUCGCCUCUACAUGGGUGUGACACUGUAUACACCGUGGAUCGUCUUUCAAAUGGCAAUAUCACGUCUCUUGCUACACGUAAGGACCUCGCAACUGUUUGAAGGAUAUGCAUCAAGACGGAAUACGAGCGCGAGCUCCUGUCAAGCGCCACAUCUCCGACACCCGACGGCGCUUCCCCUUCAAUCAUUUCACACUGCCCAGAGGAUGGCUCAACAUGGAAGGACAUUGCCAUUUGUUAAACGUGGAGAAUAUGUCACGUCUUCAGGUCAUCAGCCUCGGACACCGAGUCCCCAAACCUCGUCUCAGAGUCACGGCCGGGAGACUCAGUACAUCGAGGAUGUAGGCCCGAGAUGGGGCUCCAACCAACAAUUGCGUUUCUGGCGUCGGCGGCUUUGGUGGUUACUCCCGGAGGUGUGGGCGUCUUCAGAAGGGGUGCGCGAUGUCUAUGUCUUUAUUGGCGCGGAAUCACAGGACUGCGAGAUAGGCGGGACCGGUGGCGUUCGGGUGUCGCGUCUCGGACGAUUUGACCAUUGGCUUUGA